AUGGGGCCAAUCAGAUGCGAAAAGCAGAGAGCUGUUUCUGUCAAAUCAGUUUAGGCGUGAAAUCGGCUCGUCUUACUCUUCUUUUGCUCUUUGUAGAAUUUUUAUUUGAUCACAUCGACGGAGGAACAUUUUAUUUCCUGUUAAAGUGUGCAGGAUUGUGUGGAUAAAUAGCAUCAUAUAGGUGUGGGUCGUAAUUCCGGCACUAUGCCGCUGGUGACUGGAGGAAGCGGUGUGUUUGAGGCGGUUCAAAGAGGAGAUGGAGAACAAGUGGCGCUGCUGAUUCAGCAGGACCGGAGCAUCCUGAAACAGAGAGGUUGGGGUGGAUUUACCGCCCUCCAUUUUGCCGCACUUCAUGGGAAUCGGCCAAUAGCUGAAAUCCUCCUGAACUGUGGUGCUGACCCCAACAUAACCUGUGAUGCCGGACAAACCCCCUUUCACUUUGCUUGCCGACAUGGUAACGUCAGCAUCAUGCACAAAAUGGUUCAGCAUGGCGCAGACCUACGCAUGGUAGAUCAGCAGGGAAAAACAUCACUGCAUCAUGCGGUCAGUGGAGGAAGCAUCGUUGCCAUGCAGUACCUCUGGGAGACGACCAUGUUCCGGUUCUCAGAUGCUGACAACUUCUUGAUCACGCCACUUCACAUGGCAGCAUCCACUGGCAAUACAGAUGUGGUUCGGUAUUUGCUACAAGAAAAUAGAUGUUCAGCGGAUGCAGUUGACCACCAGGGGGCAACAGCGCUACACGUGGCUGCUGAGAAAGGUGCAAUUGAAGUGUGCUGGUUGUUACUACAAAGCACCGGUCUCCACAUUCUACACACAAAAAACCACACUGGCCUCACACCUUUAGACCUCUGCAGUCGCGGAACUACUUUUAGGCAUCAGCAGCUCACCAAAAUGUUAGAGCAGUUCAUCAAUAAGCCAAAGGAUCAAAAGCCCAGAGAAUCAUAUGUAAUGUACUACUGGACACUUCUUUUGCCGAGUGUUAGUGGGGCAGCGGUGUUUCUUAUAGCUGCAGCCCUUGGAGAAAAUGGAGGCGUUCUAUGUGGGCUGUUGUUUCCCUUUCUGGCAAAAGUCACCUUAUCUCAGUACCACAGAAUGAGUGACUAUCAGAGGUUACCAAAUCCCAUCUAUCUUGGAACUUUGACUGCAGCCAUAAUUCAUACCAUAAUCUGCUUUUACUACAGAAUUCUGCCUAAUAUUUGGCCAGCUUAUACUCUCUUAAAUGUUUCACUACUCCAUAUCUCUGUGGUUCUCUGGCUUUUCUGGAAGCUUCUAACCCAGGAUCCAGGAAAACUGAAGGCAGUUGAUGCAGAUCCUAGAAUCUCCAGUAUAGCAGACUUGGUGGAGUCUAAUCAGAAUCCCUGUCGCUUCUGUAUUUACUGUGAGCUGUUCCAAGUGGCCAACUGCAAGCACUGUCGUCUGUGUAACCUUUGUGUCAUGGAUUACGAUCACCACUGCCUUUUCCUAAACCGCUGUGUGGGCCAGAACAACCACCGUGUCUUCUUACUAUUUGUCCUGGCCAUGAUAGUGGCUCAGCUCUUUUUCGUCAGCACUGCUGGAUAUUACCUUCACUGGAGGUCAGAGGUGGAGGAGAGCUGGAGCUGGAGCUCAGUAGCAAUGAGAGAAGCGUGGGUGCUUCUGCUUCUAAUAAUCAAUGCACUCGCUGUCUUCUGGGAGACCUGGCUGCUCUCUGAGCAGUUUAAUGCCAUCUCUGCUGGAACCACCACGUACUUCAGACAAUGUCACCACAAGAAGUCUAACUGGAGCAAGCGCAUGGCCACAAUUAUUUUGUUUUUGAUUGAAGGGAAGAAUUUUAGGAGUAAAAAUCAAAAUGCUAUAGAUAUUUAGUUAUAAAACUAUUUACUUGUUUGAUUUUACAAUAUUUAUUAGUUUAUUAAGACUGAGGAAUAGCUGCUGUUCUAAUUGGUGCACAGAUUUUACCUGUUUUUUUAAGUAGACUCGCAUCACUGUGUGCUUCCUAUAGAGUAAAUAUGUAGGUUUUAUAAAUAAUAUUUCAACACUGUUGUUUUUAUGUUUACUGAAGAAUUAGUGUUCACUGAACCAUUUAACAUAUUUACACUGUUUACAUUUACAUCAUUCGGCAGAUGCAAUUAUCCAGAGCGACGUACAAAAGUGCUUAAGUCUCUAUAAUUGGAUACAUUAACUCUGGUUCACUAGGUUACAUAGUUAAGAUACCUUGAGUCUAAAACACUGUUCAAAGAUUUAUUUAUUUGUUUGUUUGUUUGUUUGUCUAUUUAUUUAUUUAAUACACAGAUCAUACAUUUUUUUUAAAUAUUUAAUACAAUACAUGAUAAGCAUCUUUGAUGAUAUGGUCACUUUGAAGGUUCAGAAUGGAAUUAGAUGUGCUGAGCUUAUAAAUGCAUUCACUGGCAACGUAUCAGGUAUAAACACCAUAUUAGGUUCACUCUGUAGGUAAAAAAGGGAUCACCGCUGACCAGUCAUCAUUUGCUUAUUGGAUUAGCAGCAGUGACAUUGACAUGUUAACCCACCUAUCAAAGUGGACACUGAGUGAAUCAAAUGUUUCAUCGUGUAUCUGCAUUUAGAUCUGGGGUCAUGGCCUAAACAUCAUUUUUUCUGUAGCACUGGAAAAAAAUAAAAACAGUAGUAGAAAUGUCAGCACUAUCAGCAGGACAUAAAUAAAUAAAUGCUGUAAAUGCACAAUAUGAAAGUAAAAAUCUCCCACUCAAGUGGCUUUUUGUUGUGUUCUGCAUCCACAUCAGUCUCAGAUAGGUGCUGUGUGAACAAAUAAUUUGCCUCCUAUUUGUAUCUGUAUUUGUACACAUUUAUAGCAUAUUAGAUUUUUUUUUUUUAUCUUAAUAAUGUAUUUGUAUUUGGACACAUUAUACAAGUGAACAGCCAAUGUCAGAAUUAAUGUUAACAUAGGCAGCUUAUUUGAUUUAAUU